AUUCUGGUAUUCGUUGCAACGUAAGCGCGUGAAGAACAACACCAAAAAUAACCAAACCACAUUCUUUUAUUCGGUCUAAAAGAACUGCUGGCUUCUGAGUCUGUAAAUGGUUAACACAAAUCUUUAUUCCUGCUGUACGCGGGAUCAUUCAUUCGUGAAGUAAUACAAUAGCCUUUUAGUUGCAUUAAAGUAAUGUGACUUCUUGCAGGGACAGAGCAGACGGGUUUAUACAGGUAUCAAAUUGUGUAUAAUCGUGUACAGUUGAGAGAAUAACAAUAUAAAGAACACUGCACUGCACAUACUAUACUGACCCUAAGACGAUCACGGUCUACAUGUACAUCUCGAAGGAUUUCAGAUGCCCUACAACAAGCAGCUCAGGUCAUCUAUUACUGUGAUUCUGCUAUCUUGCAGGAUCAUGCAUCGUAUAGAAUGAAUGGUUUCUUCCAACAGUCAUUCAUCAGACUGCACACAGAUAACACCCUGUUGGUGUACUUGACAAGAAACUGCCAGACUGACUAUGCACGCCGUACGAGACAUUAAAUAUGAUGAUUUAGGAGUACAAAGACAUUUUCAUGACGUCAAAGAUAAGAUCACGACUCAGCUCGAAUCAUAGAAACCCGUGCAAGGAAUACAACAUGGAUGGGAUGUAUAUUGCUUCCUGAAAACCUCAUGUAUCUUACUUUUCAACUAUUUUUGCAAAUACAAAUUGUUCGCUCGCGACAAAUACAACAUGGAUAGGAAAUAUGUUGCCUCUAUCGCUUUUCUCCAGCUUGUGAUUUUUCUAGCUGUCAGGUUGACAGCUUCGGAUCAAACAUUCAAUGGAAUUGCAGAAUUGGUCAUCGAAUCGUCCAAUUUUUCGCUUUCGGACGACUUCUUUCUUAACCUGGAAACUUCUUUGGAAAGCAUGGUGUCAGGAGAUGUUGAUAAUGUAGUAGUUCCUCAAAAUAGAAGUACUGAAGCUGACCGAAUUAUGAUUUCCUUUCGAGGACUUUUUGACGACUUUGAACCAGUUUGUCUACGAAACAAUACGUUUUAUUACGAAAAUGGGGUUGCAAAUCUAAGCUAUUCCAUUGCUUCUGUAUCAAUGCAGAACUUUCCAAAUGAUUUUGAAAAAGAAUGCACCGAUAAUGAAAAGAACGUUGCGUAUGUUGGAUACUUUGAAGAGGACUGUCAAUUCAGGACGCUGGAUUGUGAAGUAAAUCUUGAUUUAAAACGGCUGUAUAGAUAUGAGAUUCAUGAUUCUUGGUCAGUUUUAUAUAGCUUCUUCUGCAUUUCUGUCAAUCCUGAUGAGGAGUCUGAAACUGGGUUGUGUACCGAUGCCGGUGAUUGGUUGAGACUCCGAUGGGAACAGCAGAAUGAUUCAAUUUGCACAAUCGAUGAGGAUAUAUUUGGUGCGUUUAAACCAGAAUUACUAUUCAUUGAUGAUACAGGCAUUGAAGAAAUCGCCCCUGUUUAUACUUUGCCAUAUUCGCUUAACUGCCUAACGACCAUUGCUGCACCGCCCAUUAUUCCUCUACGUGGCGAUCAGACGUGGGACAAACUUCCAGAUUGGUUGAAGGUGUGUCUUCAAAUUCUCAACGGCGUUUCUUUGGCUGCACUUCUCUUCUGCCUGUUCACAUUCGUCAUGUUCAAAGAACUCCGUAACACCUAUGGUAAGAAUGUCAUGAGCCUGGUAGUUGCAGGGUUGCUGUCUCUCUGUUACACAUCAGGGUACAUCCCACUUGAAACUGAUAAUCCUCAACUCUGUGUUUUCAUAGCUACUCUCAUCUACUACUUUGUACUUGUACCAAACUACUGGUGGACGGCUGUUGCCAUUUUCCUGGCGUGGACACUUGGCAGGAAAGGUAUUCAUCGCAUGGAUGACGUUUCUGGAAGCCGCUUCUUUCUUCUCCUUUCCCUCUUUGGGUGGGGUCUUCCUCUAAUAUUCUCUCUUCUUGCCGUCUUUCUGCACAUUGGAGGCAUCAAAAUCUAUGACAUCGACGAAUACUGCUGGAUUAUCGAUGGCUGGCCGACCUAUCUUAUCACCACACAAAGUUUCAUUCCGUUCCUUGUCGACUGUGUCCUGUUUGUCCUGGUGGUUUACAGAUUAAGGGCAACACGACUCGAUGUGGCAUCGAUGGACUCGGGUGGAAAUAAUAGACGAAGGAAUGAACGUCAAUUAACGAUAAAGAUGGCGGCAAUCUUUGGUGUUCUCUGGCUUCCAUCUUGGAUCUUCUACGUGGCUUUCCUGUUCAGACCCAUCACUAGUCUAGCCAUCAUCGCUCAGCUUUUGAACCAACUCUCGACCUUCAUCCUACCAAUCGUAUUAUGUUGUAACAAACGAGUGGCUACCCUCUGGAAGGCCAAAUUCGCGCCAUUAAGGGAUCAUCUCAGCAGCUUAACACAUAGUACAAGUCUCACUGAUUCCCAUAACACUCAAACACAUUCAGUGAAAGAUAAAGCCUUUAAUCACAGCGACGAGCCUCCAGUAGACGGCAAUGACAUACAGCUUCGUGAUAUAAAGAAUUAGUAAAAGAAAUUAUAUACCUCUCUUUAGAAAUCUAGCCUUCUGAUUGGUCGAAAUCGGAGUCGUGAUCUUAGCCAUGCUCGCCUACCGGACAAUAUAUAUUUUUUAAAGAUGCCCGUUGGCCCGGCUAACGUACGGGCCGCAUGAAUAAAUUUUGCUGAGAUCCCCAUUGGUUUACGUCUAAAAAGUUUCUUUGUAGGAGCGCGGAUACCAUACAGUGCUUUUUGUCUGCGAUUCCCAAAUAAUCGUAACAUUCAGGCAACUUUCUAGCGAAGAUUUACAGACAGUGUCUCAGAUUUUCUGUGAUGUUUUAACCAGUCUUUACUCAAGAAGAGGAUACGGUAGGAAUUCCUUGUAGAUGUGUUUGCUAAUUCGGUAUAUAUAAUAUUUAUCUAAGCGUAGCUGUAUCUAUACUGGCUCUCGGGCGCAUUUGGGUCAUAUCUCAAUGUAAUGUCCCCUUGAGCCUAUAGAAACAGCGAUGCCUCUCAUAGCAGUCAAUUUAUUUGUAUUAAUACCAAAUGGACCUACUUUAAAUUAUAAUACAUAAAGUUUCAGGCAAACAUUUUAUCGUUUUAAUGUCGUAUUUAUAAAAGAAAUGUUAUCAUUGAGUUUCUUGCCUAUUUAGGGCGUAUUCCAUCGUUUCCCUAACACACUUUCAGUUUGAAUUAAGUUUGUUCAAAACGUGAUUUAAUCAGGGGUUAUGGUAAUGAUUGCUAGCAAACAUGACUAACUAUAUUCUCGAACUCGAAUCGUAAAGCCCUCAACUUCCGAGUUUAUACCUGAUCGAAUGUUUUGAGAUUGCUACAUAAAGGUGCUCAGCUAGCUGUUAAACCAUAGUUUUCUAGCCACUCUGGUUGAAAAUUGAUACCACAAACUCCGAGAUUCCAAGUAUAAAACAUUAUUAUCGCCGAGUUGUAACAUUUCGACUUACUGAAAUUUUGGAUAAACUCAUCAGGAGAUAUGUCAUAUUCAAUUUCUCUAUUUCAAGUGAAAAUGUGUAUUAAAACUGAAGAUGUUUAUCGUCAA